AUGGCCUCCAACGACUCUCGAACGCCCUCGGGCACCAACCCACACGCACCCUCCACCCCCAGCGGCUUGCGCAGGACCUACACCGCCAGCCCCGAAGCCUUGCCUUCGCCCUCGCCCUCGCCCUCCCCCGACGUCACGAGCAGCUCCGCUGCCCAAGACUCCUCCCCUCCUAAGCGGUCCGGCCAUUCAAGAGCACCGUCGGAAACAACAGCCCUGCUCCGGGACGCCCUGGACCGCGAGCAUGCCCACGAGGGGCCCUGUAGCCACGGCACCUUCUCUCCUCAGCCCUCGAGUCCCACCAACGGCUUCAGCCGCUCUCUCAACGCGUCCGCAAACGGUUCGCGCGCGCCCUCGCCCGGGGCUUCCUCCGAGAGCUCCCUGCCCAUAAUAGACAGUGUUGUCGCCUAUGUUGCUGCCAAAGGCGCCCCCGACUGGAGGAAGCGGUGGGCCAAGCGCAUGAGGACAAAGACCAUGGGCAGGUCCAGCGAGCUGGCCGAGAGGCAUGGCGUCCAGGACAACGCCUUCAUGUACCUCUCCUAUUACUUCCCGGCCCUGAUAUGGAUGCGCCAGUACAAGCUCUCCUUCCUCAAGGGCGACUUCAUUGCCGCCCUCACCAUCGCCGGCAUGUACCUGCCAAUGGCCCUCUCCCUCGCCGAUACUCUCGCCCACGUCCCACCAAUCAACGGCCUGUACUCCUUCGUCUUCAACCCCUUCCUGUACGCCAUCCUGGGCACCGCGCCCCAGAUGAUCCUCGGCCCUGAGGCUCCCGGGUCGUUGCUUGUCGGGAGCGUCGUCAAGGGCAGCGUGGAGCUUGGCCGUGGCAGUGACGACGACGCCGUCAUGCAUGCUAAGAUAUGCGGAGUCAUCGCUGGGACCGCCGGCGCCACCAUCUUGUUGUCAGGCCUAUUCCGCUUGGGCUUCCUCGACAGUGUGCUCUCAAAGCCAUUCCUGCGUGGUUUCAUCUCGGCGAUUGGCUUUGUGAUCUUUGUGGAGCAGUUGAUGCCUGAGUUAGGCCUAGCCCAGCUCGCUGCUGACCACGUCGGCCAUGGUAGUACCAUGGACAAGCUGACCUUUAUCUUGACACAUACCGGCGACGUUCAUGUCCUCACCGCCGUCAUAUCCUUCGUCAGCUUUGCUAUAGUCAUGACUUGCAGGGAAAUGAAAAAGAAGCUACAGCCUCGCUAUCCUAAUCUGGUGUACAUACCCGACCGUCUGAUAGUUGUCGUGUUAUCAGCUAUUCUGUGCUACAGUCUUGACUGGGAGGCAAAGGGUGUUGCCAUCAUGGGCGAAAUCAAGGCGGCCUCAGGCCACGUCUUCACAUUCAGAUGGCCCUUUCAGCUGUCUCAUAUGACGCACAUCAGGGACGCCAUGGGCACCUCGUUUCUGAUUGCCCUGCUUGGGUUUUUCGAAUCCUCUGUCGCCGCCAAGAGUCUAGGCCCCAGCAAAGACGUGCCCGGAAUCCAGCUCAGUCCCAACCGGGAGCUCGUGGCGCUGGGCACAGCAAACUUGAUCGGUGCUUGCUUCAUGAGCAUGCCUGCUUUCGGUGGCUACGGCAGGAGCAAGGUGAACAAGCAGACGGGUGGCAAGACGCCCAUGAGCUCCAUUUUCUUGAGCUGUCUGGCCGUUAUCUGCAUCUUUUUCAUCUUGCCCUACUUCUACUACCUUCCAAAACCCGUACUUUCCUCUCUUAUUACAGUAGUCGCCUAUUCUCUAGUUGAAGAAGCCCCUCACGACAUCGCAUUCUUCCUUCGCAUCGGCGCCUGGCCCGAGCUUGGGCUUAUGUUUGUCAUCGUUCUGACUACCAUAUUCUAUUCUCUCAACAUGGGCAUCGCUGUCGGUAUCGGCGUCUCGCUUUUGCAGGUCAUCCGACACGCCACACGGCCCAGGAUACAAAUUCUGGGCCGCAUCCCAGGCACCCAGCGCUUCGAAAACGCAGAAGACCACCCCGAACGGCUCGAGUUUGUCGAGGGCUGUCUGAUCGUCAAGAUCCCUGAGCCGCUGACUUUUGCCAACACAGGCGAGCUCAGGACCAGGCUCAGACGCUUGGAGAUGUACGGCACGGGCAAAGCCCACCCCGCCCUGCCCCGCCUUCGCCACGAGGACAGUAACAGAAACAUCGUGUUCGAUAUCCACGGUGUUACCUCCCUUGAUGGGUCCGGCACGAUGGUGCUCGAGGAGAUUGUGCGGUCGUACCGCGAGCGCGGUGUGCGGGUCUUCUUCAGCCGGUGCCCGAACCGGGGCAAGGCCGACAGCAAGGUGUGGAAGCUUAUGGUGCGCAGCGGCAUCGUGGACCUCGUGGGCGGCGAGGGCCAGUUUGUGGACGACGUGCAGGAGGCUCUCAAGAUGACGGAGGUGGAGGAUGGUGGCGAAGCAGUCGUCACCGGGGAGAGGGGGCGAACGAUGGCGGAGAGGGAGGCUGGGGUGGAGUGA